GGUCUCGCAACUUCAAGAAGAAAGUACCAGUAGCUUGCCCAGCUAUCUUCUACCAUAUCCCUAUUUCUCGGUUGUCAUAAUCCACGAGCACCAUGUUGGACAGCGAGGGCAUUAACGUUGCGCUCGACCUGAUUAAGGACAGGUCCAAGGUUCUUGGGCUGACCGUCGGCUCUCACAAGGUCGAGCCCGGCAAGUAUAUCUCACGAAACGAAGCGAAAGCCGCUCCGCAGGUCAGCUUCAACUCGCUCUCGCCUGACCGCACCUAUCUCGUCAUCUGCAUCGACUUGGACGCCCCAUUUAGUUCUUUCAGUUUCAUGGCACCGAUUCUGCAUUGGCUGCAAUCCGGUCUCAAGCCCAGCCCAGACGGCAGUGGUUGCCUACAGUCCUCGGAGCCGCCCAUCUCCAACUACCGCGGCCCCGGUCCUCCGCCGGGCGCCGCGCCCCACCGCUACGUCUUCCUCCUCUACGAGCAGCCGGACGGCUUCGACGCCAAAAAGUACGCCCCGGCCGGUGGCAAGGAUAUGGGGAUGGGUCCCAGGAUACGGUGGAAUUUGGAUGCUUGGGUAAAAGAGGUCGAGUUGGGCCCCGUGUUGGCUGUCAACUACUUCACGAGUAACUGAAAGUGGAACCUGGGCUGGAUGUGUUUUGUCAUUUGAGCACUACUGCCUAGAUAGAGAUAGGUACUUUUACCAAAGACUAAGUCUUUGAAUCCAGGUGGUUCGGAUCUAACGGCAACUUGAACGCUAUUGUGGACCAUAAUAGCGUUGCCAUUGAUUUAGCGCCGUCAUACUAAAGUACGCGACUUUGCUCACGCUUGCCAAAUAAAGCUUUCAAGUUUGGUAUUGUCUCUGGGAUCCAGCCAUCUCAUACGAC